AUGUCUAGCAAGAAGACCUUGGAUCUGCCCGCCGUUGGCAUUUUCCCGCAAUUUCCAGAUCUCCCUACCGAGAUCCAAAGCCUAAUAUGGGAGCUCGCCAUAGGUGAAUCCAGCCUCUUAUGGGCUCAGUGGCCCGACAAUGAGAUGUCUCUCCUUGCACCCAUCUGCCCGAUACCAAAACUCGGCGCAAACGACCCUGUCGGCCUAAUCCCUUACAAGCUUCCAACUGGGGUGCCGGGGACCUUGGAUAGCCACCCCCCUCCCAGUGGGCUCGCGGCAGGAACCGCAGAUUCUGGUUAUGACACGAGUCUGAGAAUCAUGAGCAUGACUCAUAGGUCACAUUUCACUCGCCCUGGUGACUCCUGGACGAGUUCAUUGAGAAAGAUGAUGAUACAGCCGGAUGAGCCACCAUCUAGUGCUUUCGAUGAUCACGCAGCGUUGACUCUUCUCUCUGUGUGCCGCUUGAGUCGCCAAGUCGUGUUGACACGUCGGGCUACUAUCAGGACGAAACAACAAGCCCCGGAGAAGCAACUAGCCAGCCUUGGCGACGUUCCUCUCUUCUACCCAUCCUUUAAGGGUGGAUCACUUUGUGGAAAUAUCUUUAAGGAUCAACAUAGUGGGCGAAGUUCUUUUAUUUUCGUUCUCGGUUCCGAUCCGUCAAAGUCUCUGUUGGAAAAGCCUGGUCUCGGAGAGGUAAAGAGCGCAUACCGGUACAGCCAUGUUGCUGCAAGACUUGGGGAUAUUGAAAAGUGUGUACUUGGAAGUCGACUGAGCUUCACCCAGGUUCCGGAUGGCUUGGAUUGGGAUCGGUUCAAGGAUGCUGAAGACACAAUGUGGUGGAGACCGGAUCUGGGUUCCCGUGUGCGACGCCCGGAGGCAGGUCAUCCCUUUUACGUAACCUCGGGGACGAUCCUCGCUCUUUAUUCUGCAGUUUUGCAUCAGCUUGCGAGUCUCCAAGCCACAAAAUGCAUGGAAGGCCACGCUCGAAAUGACUGGUCUGUAAGGCCCCAUGGACAGUGGUACUUCAGCCUUCUUGAGGAGGGAAAAUGUACUCACUGCUCUAAUGACUUGUUGUUGCCAUUUUGCGAGAGUUAUCCUGCGCUCAUCGAUGAGGAGGGCCACAUUGAUGUGGUGGUCUUGCUAGAUCGACAUCGGUUUGAGCAGCCUGAGCAAACACAGUCAGUGCGGUCCUAUGAAAUCGGAGAAUGA